GAGAUCCUCAGCGAGAUAUUUAUAAUUUGUCCAGCGGGGUUAAUAAUGCGGAGUAAGUCCUUCAUACAUGGUUGGAUGUAUACUUGGAUCUACAUACCAAUCGGAGAAAUAUGCCGUUCCGGGCCUCUCCGACCCUCCGAAUUGCCCGCACAUCGACAUUGAAGUUUGAACACAAUCGAAAAAUCCCACCAAAAAAGACGUCCCGCAGUCCGAUUAGAACCACGCGCUUCGCUGUUGCCCGUUCCUUCAAGAUCCACACUGAAAUUCCCAUCCGGGGCACGGUUUUUUUUUUGUCAAACGAUCUUUUCCAAGGUAUUCAAAUAUAUAUCGUCAAGAUGGGCGUUGCUUUCGACAAGUGUGAGACCCGGCCGGCGAAUAUCGAUGCCAUCCUCAACGGCCUGGACAGAUACAACCCCGAGACCACCACCGUUUUCCAGGAUUAUGUUGUACAACAGUGUGAAGACAGGACAUUCGACUGCUAUGCCAACCUGGCUCUGUUGAAGCUCUACCAAUUCAACCCCCACCUCCUCCAGGCUGAGACCGUCACCAACAUCCUUGCUAAGGCGCUUACCGUGUUCCCGUCCCCCGCUUUCUCUCUCUGCCUCGCUCUGCUCCCCGCCCACACUCAGCCCUUCCCCUCCACCGACGCCGACGCAUCUCAGACCUCCGACUUCGUUGAAUCCGUCCAGAAACUUGCGCGUCUCUCUACACUCCUUGAGUCCGCCCAGUACGCUCAGUUCUGGUCCACUCUGAACUCUGACGACCUUUACGCCGACUUGACCGCCGAUGUCGCCGGUUUUGAGGAGCUCGUUCGCAUCCGCAUCGCCGUUGAGGUUGGCAAGGCAUUCCGUGAGAUCAAUGCCGAACUCCUCGAGCAAUGGCUGGAUCUGAGGAGCCGCGAGGCUCUCGAGAAGUUCGUCGUGGAAGUCUGCAGCUGGGAGGUUGAGAAGUCCGGCGCCAACACCAUUGUCAAGGUCCCCACCAACAAGGAGAACGAGGCCCGCAGCGAAGUCAAGAGCGAGCGUGUCGACGUCGACAUGUUCGGCCGCGUUAUCAGACGGGGAUUCGAACAGGCCGCUUGAGCGAAGACUCCUCGUAUCGAAAAUCCAACCGUGAACCGUGUCUCUUUCCUUUUCUUGCUAAUAUUAUGCCUCGAAGAUCCUAAUGGAUCUUCGCUUCGUGUCUUUUCGUUUUGGUAAUCGGAAAGACUCGUAAAAGGAUCAUGUCCGCUUCAGACCCACGAAACGAGCUCGGAGCCCAAGAAGAUGAUGACGGGGAUAGACCUGCAUGAGAAGGGUUGGGAAGUCAGGACCGGCGCAUUGGGCGUUACGUGUUUGCUUGACAUCACUUAUAUUUACCAUCAUCAUCAUCAUCAUGAUGUUGUCGAUGUGGAAACCUACCUUUUAUUUUUCUCUCUCCGUUAUUUACUUCUUUUUAUUCGAGAAGAUAUCCUAUAGAACAAACAGGACUGAGAGUUGCUCAGCAAGUGGGGCCAUUCGCGUAUAAAUACUUGUG